ACUUGCAGGAUAUACUAAGGAUGAGGUUCUGGCUGAGUGUGCUUCUGGUAGCAGUAAUCCGGACAAGAGCUGUCCUGGGACUCAUGUGCUACACAUGUAACAUGCCAACAUCCAGACCUGACUGUCGUACUGAAACCAACUGCACAGCUUUAUCCCCACUUCUCAAAACCUGUAAAACGACUGUCUAUGCAACUGACCAGGGUUAUCCGUUCCAAGGAAAUCAGAUCAUUGUGCGUCAGUGCGUUCAGACCUGCAAGGCCACCAAUCAGAACUUGCUCGGAGUUACUAACCCCACAUACUGCUGCCGUUCGGAUUUCUGUAACAAUAUAGGGCUAAUACCUGAUGGCACUGAUGGACCUUCAGCUGAAGGGGCGGCCAUAGCAAAGCUAAACUUUGUGGCCAUGUUACUGCCUCUUUUAGCCACUGCUGCCUUGUUCUUAGUAGGACUAGUAUGA